AACCACAGCACCAUCACGGGAUUCCUCCUCCUGGGGCUGCCGGCCGACCCCCACAUCCAGGUCCUGCUCUUUGCCCUGUUCCUGUAUAUUUACCUCCUGACCAUAAUGGGGAACCUCAUGAUGAUGCUGGUCAUCAGGACUGAUUCUCACCUCCACUCACCCAUGUACUUCUUCCUGAGUCACCUCUCUUUUCUGGAUCUUUGUUUAACUUCAGUCACUGUGCCCAAGAUGCUGGAGAACCUCCUGUCUCAGAAGAAAGCAAUCUCAGUAGAGGGCUGCCUCGCUCAGGCUUUUUUUGUAUUUUCCAUUGCAGGGACUGAAAUCUUUGUGCUCUCUGCCAUGGCUUAUGACCGCUACAAUGCCAUCUGCCGCCCGCUGCUCUAUGGCCAGGUGAUGAGGAGACAGUUGUGUGGGGGUCUGGUAUGGGCCUCAUGGGGCCUGGGCUUUCUGGAUGGUCUCGUGAACAUCCUCAUGGCUUGGGAUUUGGAUUUCUGUGAGGCUCAUGUGAUGCCUCACUUCAGCUGUGAGCUGCCAUCUCUGCUCUCUCUAACUUGCUCUGAUGUCUCCAGCAACUUUGCAGUGCUCGUGUGCUCUGCUAUUGUGCACGCCUCAGGGACCUUACUCCUGGUCUUCUUCUCAUAUGUCCGCAUUGUCACCACCAUCCUGAGCAUCAGGCCCACCACGGGCAGAAGCAAGGCCUUCUCCACCUGCUCCUCCCACCUCACUGCAGUGAGCUUCUUCUAUGGAUCUGCUUUCCUCCGCUAUCUCAUGCCAACCUUAAGUUCCCUGCUGGAGUUGUUUUUUUCCAUACAGUACUGUGUGGUCAGCCCCCUAGUGAAUCCCCUGGUCUACAGCUUAAAGAACAAGGAAGUAAAAGGGGACAGAACGCUGACUCCCGUCUCUCAUUUACCAUAA